AUGGCGAACUAUACAAGCGUCCACUUUUAUCAAAACAUCGAGCAACAAUACGGUACAGAAACAAAACUAUUGUUGAAAGACUAUGCUAGAGUCACUAAAAAACUGGGAAGCAUGAUCAGUAGAAAAGUAUUCCUGAUUCGAUGCCGCAAAAGAGGAGUUUUCCCAGUCCAUAUUGCAAACAAUUUCAAAUUCGUAUUUCCGUUGAUGGAGGAAAAUGGUCCAUAUACAAGAAAACUCAGUAAAUGCAUCAACCGAUUUAAAAAAGCAGUCCUAAACAUCGAAAUACAGCACACUUUUUUCAAGUUAAAAUGCCUUCAACAACAAAAAGAAGCUCUAUCAGUGAAAAUUCAAUCAUCGAGUAUCAGUACACAAAUUCAGAUGUCGUUCUUCAAUAGCCAAAAUAGUUUCCACGAUAAACAUGUCCGCGAAAAGUCUACCAAAACGAAAAGCAAGUUCAAUAACAUCAUACGCAAAUGUCAAGAAUCAUCCAACUCACAGACUCCACAAGGCAAUCCAAAAGCGUUAUACAAUGGCACCUCAAAGCAAAUUCCACCACAAAUGGAAGUUCUGCUAAGCCUCGGUCCAAAUUUCGCGCUUCCAUCUUGCAAAAUCGACAAAAUAGUAUUUUUCCACUUGAUUGCAGAAAUCGAAAACAUACUAAAAACAAAUACGGACACAGCUGUUCAAGACCGGACCAGAUGUUCCAUCACCAACUCCGUUCUAAAUCAUAUCUACCACAAUAACCACACCAACCAAACAGACCACUGUCUUCAGUUCUACAACGACGCAGUAAAAAUCACCAAAACGUUCUUAAAGGAGAAUCCAGAUGUUUUAGUAACAAAGUCGGAUAAAGGGAACAAAACGGUACUUAUAUCGAAAGACGAUUACCAGACAAAAAUGAUGCAGUUGCUAGACAGUCAACAAACAUACCAAAAAAUAUCUCGCGAUCCUACAUCCCGUUAUCAACAAAAAAACAACAACAUAGUUCAACGUCUACUAAACCUAAAGCUAAUAGACAAAAAAACAGCUCUAAAACUAUCAACCCACAAUGCAGUUUGCCCCAGAAUAUACGGCCAACCAAAAGCACACAAAGCAGGACUCCCACUACGACCGGUAGUACCGAAUAUGACUGCCCCAUCGUACCAAUUAUCAAAAUAUGUCAGCAAAAUAAUUCAGAACUCCACAAACAGCCAGUACAACAUAAAGGAUUCAUUCACCUUCUGCGAAUACAUUAACACAGUGAAACUGCCUAUAGGAUAUGUGCUAAUAUCUCUGGAUGUCACCUCACUUUUCACAUCAAUUCCCAAAGCACUAGUUAUACACGAUAUUAUCAAUAACUGGACAAACAUCGACAAACAUACAGACAUAAACCUAGAUCUAUUUCUAGAAAUAGUCGAAUUUUGCAUAGAUUCAAGCUACUUCAAGUACAACAACCAACACUACCAACAGUUAGACGGCACCGCUAUGGGCAAUCCUCUCUCGCCAGCAUUAGCAGACCUAGUAAUGGAAAACUUGCUAGAUUCAGUCUGCCGUUUACUGGAUUUCAAACCACCAUUCAUACGAAAAUAUGUAGAUGAUUUGAUCCUGACUAUCCCGCCCGACAAGAUCCAGCACGUUUUAAACACCUUCAAUAGCCACCAUCCAAAUAUUCAAUUCACAUACGAAUUGGAAGUUGAUCGACGCUUACCAUUCCUGGACAUGUUGCUGAUCAGAACUGCAGACCAAAGCGUAAAAACGCAGUGGUAUAUAAAGCCCAUAUCAAGCGGCCGGUUCUUAGAUUACAACUCACAACACCCCUUACAUCAGAAGCUUAAUGUGGCGAAAAACUUUAUAAACAGGGUAAACAAACUUUCAACCAAUCCAGAUAAGGCAGAAGUAAUAGCUAUCGUCGAAAAACAACUUAGCCUAAACAGCUACCCAAAAGCCCUACGACGCAGACUCAUAAAUCGCAUGGACGAGCAUUGCAGCAUCAUACCUACCAGUGAACCAAAUGACAGCAGAACAACAGCAGAAAAUCUACAAUAUACUUACCAUUCAAUCGCAUACAUACCAAACCUGUCGAACAAGAUCAACAAGCAGCUGAAAAAGGAAUAUCCCAACAUAAAAUUAGCCACAUACAAUACAAACACAGUUAAAAAAUUGUUCUCUAACAUAAAAGAUCCCAUCCCCACGGAUCACCAUAGCAACGUAAUUUACAGCAUACCAUGCAAAGAUUGUGAUGCUUGUUAUAUAGGAUUAACCACUAACAGAUUAAAAACAAGAUUAAGUGGACACAAAACACACUAUAACGCACUGGAAAAACUGUUAACACCACAGGAUAACACCGAAUGCAUACCCGUAGAAACACAAAUAGCCGCACUAAAGGAAAAGACAGCACUAAUGGAUCACACCAUAACACUAAAUCAUAGAUUCGACUUUAACAGCACAAAAAUCAUAGACAAACAUAACAAACAACACUCUCUUCCGUAUCUUGAAAUGUGUCACAUAGUAUCAAAUGAAAACAGCAUAAACAAACGCACAGAUACACAAGGGUUAAGUAUUAUAUAUGCAGGAGUAUUACACACACUAAAAAAUGUAAACAAUCACAGAUCAGAGUGA